UUACAGGAGACUGAGAAGGGGUAGUAAGGAAAAAUGGUGAGAGGCGAAAGGGAGGGGAGGGGGGUGUGGAGUGGCGGCGAACAACAGACCGAGAAAGGAGUGAAGACAAGCCCUGAGGGAAGCCGAUGAAGGAGAGAGGGAGCCUGGGAGGAGCAAGGGGCAGAUUCAAUACUAGGUUUUAGGGAAUUUUAGGUAGAGGGCGGGCCAGAGUUGCUUCCUAACCAGGCGUCAUCAACUUUAGGGCGAGCACGAUUUUAAAAGGGCCAAGUUCAGAUGAUCAGUGCCGCCCUGGAGUCGGGACUAGGGCUCCAUCUCUCGAGACACUCACCUCACGUCCCUUGCUAGUUCAGUGCAGAAGCCCUGGGCACAUUCUUGCAGCACCCCACACUCGAGAGCAAGAAUUAAGAUGCUGCUUGCUUACAUGCCAAGGAGAUGAGAGACAAACGGGCGAGCCCCAGUGGGGAAGCUGGUUACUAGAACAGAUUAGAAAAGGUAGCUUUACCCCCUCAUCCCUCCUUAGUGGUUCCUUGUUUCCCAUGACCCUCUUCUGGAAUUUUGGGUGUACGCAAUGUCUUCAUGGUUCCUUAACUUCUUCAGGAAAGUAAAGUGAGAUGCUUCUGUUUCCCUUGCUCCUUGAAGUGCGUCAAGCCUAUGCUUACUCCUUCAAGUUACAGUUCAAGCGUAAGGAUCAGAAGAUUACCAUAAUAUGUCUCUAAGAUGUAGAGGGGACUCUUCUUGCCGUCUCAAUUUUUUCCCCAAGUCUUCAGUUUUUCAUUUGUGCAUGAUGGAGAAGUUCUUUCAUUCCCAAUAGUGUUUGGGGGAUUUGGGCUAUUCAGGUGACAACUUGGAGGAACAGACUCACAGAAGGGUUGAGAGGAAAUUAAGUUGGACUCCUGCCUGAUCCCCCAUUGUGGUAGGAUGAAUGUGGGGGUGGCACACAGCGAAGUAAACCCCAACACGCGAGUGAUGAAUAGCCGGGGCAUCUGGCUGGCCUACAUCAUCUUGGUAGGACUGCUGCAUGUGGUUCUACUCAGCAUCCCCUUCUUAAGCAUUCCUGUCGUCUGGACCUUGACCAACGUCAUCCAUAAUUUGGCUAUGUAUGUCUUCCUACAUACAGUGAAAGGGACACCCUUUGAGACCCCUGACCAAGGAAAGGCUCGUCUACUGACACACUGGGAACAGAUGGACUACGGGCUCCAAUUUACCUCUUCCCGAAAAUUCCUCAGCAUCUCUCCCAUUGUACUGUGAGUCCAGGGGGAGAUAUGGGAGAUGCUUCAAAAGCCAGCUACCUCCUGGCCAGCUUCUACACCAAGUAUGAUGCAGCUCACUUCCUCAUCAACACAGCCUCACUGCUUAGUGUACUGCUGCCCAAGCUGCCGCAGUUCCAUGGGGUUCGUCUCUUUGGCAUCAACAG